AUGCUGCAGUUGUACCUGAAAUACAACUUGAUUUUGUGCAUCUGUACGCUGAGCCGGUCCCAGUUUGCACCAGAUGGGGGGCGUACGGAAGGCCAAGUGGCGGCUGCCAUCUUGUCGAGCCAAGAAGGUUGCUGUCAUGCUGUGGUGGGCGAAGCGGUGUUUCAAUACCUCCACGUGUUACCCCAUUCCCAUCCUGCCAACUUGAUCCAUCGAUCCAAGCAGCAACAGCAGCAGCUGUCCCAUGUACCAACCAAGGCAUUGGAUAUUGGGCAUCGAGGCCUUGGCCGGUCUUACUACCAAAAACUUGGGCACCGCUUGUCGUGGAUUCGGGAAAAUACGCUGCCGUCGUUCAUCGUAGCGGGGGCUGCCGGCGCCGACAUGAUCGAGUUCGACGUCCAGCUGUCGAGAGAUCGCGUGCCCGUGAUCUACCACGAUUUCUUUCUCCAUGCCAAGCUCGGCCACCGCGUGCUUCAUGCGACCAUGAUGUCCAAGAUGGGGCUACACGACUUGACAUUGGCGCAGCUGAACCAGGUCGAGUGGCGCCACUGCAGCCAGCCGAAUCCGUCGCGCCUGCGCUCGCUGCUUCGAAAGCACUGGCUUUCGAUCUUGGCAUUAGCCCAACCUCCUCCUCCAUCUUUGUCAAGUAGCGUCCAACCACGUCCAUCAAACUCGAAUGGGACCAAAUAUGUGACGACGGGUGGCUCCUGUGACAGCGUUUCGCCAAUGCAAGCGUUGUGCGAUGCGUUUCCAACGCUGCGAUUGGCGUUCGACCAUGUGCCUCUCCAUGUGGGCUUCAAUAUUGAGAUCAAAUACCCCGCGGACAACUCGACCCGCCAUCUUACGGCGUUGCCGUCGUUUGAGGUAUUGUCGAUUUCGUUGAUAUUGGCACAAAUCUUUUGA